AUGAUGUGGUGUGACGAAGGCUUAGAUUCCCAACUCAAAGAAAAGAAGGUUCCAACUCAUAGCCUGGUCUCCAUUGCAACACAUUCAGCGCAGGAGGCAGUAUCUGUCUAUGUCUCCGAGAAGGAGCCGUACCCCAGACGGCAAAUCGAAACAAGCACCACUGCUCCUAAGAAAUCUUUCCUAUGGGAUGAAGCCUAUGAUAUUCUGAAAGAAGAGAAUCCAACACUUGUGACAGAGUAUGAAGAGCUGUUGUUGCGGCUCGAAGAUGAGACCAAGCCAACUUUAUCAGAACCUCGUCAAGUCAUCAUCGAUGCCAAAGCGAAGAUCCCCCAACACGAUGUCCUCGCACGGCGAGAAAUUUUACAAGAUAUCGCCCUGUUCAAUCUACAAAAAUCACAGGAGGGAAAGCUCAAAACUACAUUCUUCGGAAAACAGAUCGUGUGGCAGGAAGCGAUAGGAAAAUUCGGUCUUGGUGUGAGAUGGAUCCAGGACUACACCAGAGAUGCACUCAAAGAUGUUCCAUAUGCACCGAUCGUCAUGGUCGCCGUGUCCCUUCUUCUUCCUCUAUUGACUGGGCCAUUCACUGCCGACAGCAAGAACCACGAAGGACUUUUAUACGUCGUGUCGCAGAUCAAAUACUACAUCAAGAUGGAGACAUUGAUGUUGCCAGACUGUCUGGACACAGGAGUCAAGUACGAGAUGAAUGAGCAAGUGAAAUCCUUGUACAAACUCGUGAUCGAAUUCCAGGUACAAAGUGUGAUGAGAUUCGACCGCAGCCCAACAAAAAACUACUUCAGAAGCGUGAUCGAUUAUGAAAGCUGGAGCGCUCGACUGGAAUCGAUCAAAGAAUCGGAGAAAACAAUCAGAAACAAUAUGCAGGACGCUGCCUCCUGGACGAUUGUGCAGAAGCUCGAGAACCUAAAACAGGAAGCGCAAGAUUCUCGAAAGACCGUCGAAGAAAUCGCCCAUACAACCCAAAAGAUUGAACAGCACAUGUCUGAUGCGGAGUAUCGCCGCUGUCUGGACACGCUCAAGGCUAGCGGCUUUGAACUGGAUAAAGAGAGUAUCCAGGACUUCAAAGGUGGCCUUCUGAAAGACUCCUAUCAGUGGGUAGUUGAAAAUCACGACUUCAAGAGGUGGAUGGCUGCCAGGUCUGGCCAACUACUUUGGAUCAAAGGUGAUCCUGGUAAAGGGAAAACCAUGUUGCUCUGUGGAAUUCUUGACGAGCUUUCGCACAUGGCCAACAGUGGAACGAAUAUUGCAUUCGCUUUUUGUCAAGCGAACAAGGAGACUCGCAACAAUGCAUCCGCAGUCCUUAGAGGUCUCAUCUACAUGCUUGUGAAACAGCAGCCCUCACUGAUAACUUCAAUCUCUGAGGAGUCCUUCAGUGGUGACAAUGCUUGGUUCGCACUCCAGCGAGCCUUCAUCAACAUCCUCAACAACCCAGAAUUGCAAGCAUCAUACCUUGUAAUUGAUGGGCUUGACGAGUGCGUCGAGGGUCGCCACCGUCUUCUCAAGCUGCUAGUCAAUCAAUCGUCAGCUCAUCCAAAUGUCAAAUGGGUCGUAUCGAGCCGGAACUGGCCGGAAAUCGAGCAAGAUCUCGACCAGGCGACAGAUAUGAAGCUCCACCUUGAACUGAAUGAAGAAUUGCUAGCAACGGCUAUUCAGUCGUUCAUCAAAUACAAAGUCGACGACUUGAGAACCAAAAAGAAGGACAGACCGGAGAUUUGGAAAACCGUUCACGACUACCUGCUUGCGAAUGCAAAGGGCACCUUCCUCUGGGUGGCUUUGGUUUGGAAACAUCUUACCGAAGUACCAUGGUGGAAAGUCACAGAGAAGCUCAAGGAGUUCCCCCCAGGUCUUGACCAGAUCUAUGAGCGCAUGAUGAGCCAAAUUAAAAAAUUGGAGGAUGCUGAUCUUUACAAGUCGGUUCUCAGGGUGAGUACAACUGUUCUUCGCCCCAUCACGCUGGACGAGAUGAUGGUAUACCUUGACGUUCCUGAAAACUCCGUGGAAAUCCUCGAAGAAAUAGUCAGGAGUUGUGGCUCGUUUUUAUCACUGCAGGGUAACACUGUCCUGUUGGUUCAUCAGUCUGCGAAAGACUUCCUCCUGACACAAGCCUCUGGCGAGGUAUAUCCUUGUGGAAAAGACAACGCGCAGCACGAAAUCUACUCCUCGUCUAUGCAUCUCCUCAAGAAAACUUUACGACGUGACAUCUAUGAUUUGAGAGCACCUGGAUAUCCAGUCGAGCAGAUAGAGGUACCUUGUCCAGAUCCCCUGCUUGCAGUACGCUAUGCAUGCGCUCAUUGGAUUGACCACCUUCUUCUAUGCAACGAUGAAGGCCUAAAGAUAGAACUUCAAGAAGACAGUUUAGUCAGUUGUUUCUUCAGCCACAACUAUCUUCAUUGGCUGGAGGCCAUGAGCAUCAUGAAGAGUCUUCCCGCUGCCAUCAAAUCCAUACGAAAACUUGAAAAGUCGCUUGAGACGACAGGCGAGCCGAAGGCCCUGAUGCUCCAAGUGAAGGAUGCCGUCCGAUUUGUCCAAUACACACAAUUUGCCAUUGAAAGAAGUCCGCUCCAGGUCUAUUACUCAUCUCUUAUGUUCAGCCCCAAGCAAAGUAUCACGAGACAAUGCUAUCAUGACAGAGAAAGCAAAGCAGAAUGGAUUCUGAAAGAGCCAGUGGCAGAGGAGGAUUGGAGCCCGUGUCUUCAAACGCUGGAAGGUCAUGAACUCAACAUAAUAUCCAUUGCAUGGUCUGGCGAUGGACGUCGACUAGUCUCAACAUGUGAAACCGGUGCCAGGGUAUGGGAACUGGAUACCGGAGAGGGCAACCUGAUUCUCAAAAAUUGGCUCGGGUGCGAUAACCCAGUGAGGUGGCUCGAUGACACUCGAGUCGCAUUGCUACGACUUCUUGCAUGA